CGGAGGCGCGCCGCUGGGAGCAGACACCUGUCCGUCCCCGCCCGCCGAACCCGAGGCGCUGCAGCCCGUGGCAGCCUAGGCACCGGAGCCGGUGGAGAUCAGGCCCGCGUUCACGGAAAGUCCAGCUUAGCAGAGGCCUCGGACCCGAGCUCGGAGCGCCAUGGCUGCGAAGCUGCUGCUUCUCCUCUGCCUAUUCUCGGGCUUGCACGCUCGGUCCAGGAGGGUGGAAGAGGAUGAGAAUGAAGAGUCCCCAUCAAACCAGAAAUGGGUCUUGGCACCCAAAUCACAAGAUACUGAUGUGACACUGAUUCUCAAUAAACUGCUGAGAGAAUAUGACAAAAAGCUGAGACCGGACAUUGGAAUAAAACCAACUGUGAUCGAUGUGGACAUUUAUGUUAACAGCAUUGGUCCUGUGUCAUCCAUAAACAUGGAAUACCAAAUUGAUAUAUUUUUUGCUCAAACCUGGACAGACAGUCGCCUUCGAUUUAACAGCACAAUGAAAAUACUAACUCUAAACAGCAACAUGGUGGGCUUGAUAUGGAUCCCAGACACCAUCUUUCGAAACUCAAAAACAGCAGAGGCUCACUGGAUUACCACACCCAACCAGCUCCUCAGAAUCUGGAAUGAUGGGAAAAUCCUUUACACAUUAAGGCUCACCAUCAAUGCAGAGUGCCAGUUGCAACUGCAUAACUUCCCUAUGGAUGCACAUGCAUGCCCUCUGACCUUCUCCAGCUAUGGCUACCCCAAAGAAGAAAUGAUUUAUCGUUGGAGGAAAAAUUCAGUUGAGGCAGCUGAUCAGAAAUCAUGGCGGCUCUAUCAGUUUGACUUCAUGGGCCUCCGAAACACUACAGAAAUCGUGACAACAUCUGCAGGUGAUUAUGUUGUCAUGACUAUCUACUUCGAACUGAGCAGGAGAAUGGGAUACUUCACUAUCCAGACAUAUAUUCCCUGCAUCCUCACUGUGGUUCUGUCCUGGGUUUCAUUUUGGAUCAAAAAAGAUGCGACACCAGCAAGAACAACAUUAGGCAUCACCACAGUGCUAACCAUGACCACACUCAGUACCAUUGCCAGGAAGUCCCUGCCUCGGGUGUCCUAUGUGACUGCCAUGGACCUCUUUGUGACAGUGUGCUUCUUGUUUGUCUUUGCCGCACUGAUGGAGUAUGCCACUCUCAACUAUUACUCAAGCUGUCGAAAGCCAACAGUCAGGAAGAAGAAGACAUCGUUAUUACAUCCAGAUUCCACCAGAUGGAUUCCUGAUCGAAUAAGCCUACAAGCACCCUCUAAUUAUUCUCUCCUGGAUAUGAGGCCCCCACCACCUGUGAUGAUCACAUUAAACAAUUCCAUGUACUGGCAGGAAUUUGAGGACACCUGUGUCUAUGAGUGUCUGGAUGGCAAAGACUGCCAGAGCUUCUUCUGCUGCUAUGAGGAGUGCAAGUCAGGCUCUUGGAGGAGAGGCCGCAUCCACAUUGAUGUCUCUGAGCUGGACUCGUACUCCCGCGUCUUCUUCCCGACGUCCUUCCUGCUGUUCAACCUGGUCUAUUGGGUUGGAUACCUAUAUCUUUAA